AUGUCGUCGAUCGUUGAUGAUUCAGUGGCUAACGAAUUCAACUCAAAUGUAACCAUCGAUGAUUUGCAUAUCGUGUUACGGCAACACACUGAAGAUGAACCUGAACAAGACAAUGAAGAUUUGAUUUCGAGUAAAUUUUUGAAAGUUCCAGAAGAACAGCGUGGCUUAAGUUUUGCUGCAAGCGAUAUCAGUGGAAAGUGUAUAAAAAUGUUAUCAGAAAAAUUCAUCGCUGAAAAAGCGCUCGACAUUCUUCAUGAAUUCAUCUGCAACCGCGUCAACAACGAAACGAUGGAGAUAUCUUUGUUGGCACUAAAGGAAUUCCUGGUUGGCAACGAUCUUGAUGGUUUCGAGGAGUCAGAUUUCUCUGACAGAGUGAUCUCUGUAAAUGAAGGAGGUUAUUUUGUUAUCAGAAGACCUAAACUGAUUGCUAGUGAUGAUCCAUUACCCAAUACGGAGUAUUUUUGGUACAAUGGUGAUAACCAGGUGUCCUCGAACGCUUCGCAUUAUGUAACAUCUAGAGGAGAUCUGGGUACUUUGGAGUACAAGCUGGACUGCAAAGUAGACUCCUCGUCGGGAGUUUUGUUCGAUCAGAAAUCAUUGGUGAUGAACGUAAUUGAUAUACCGUUGUUAAAACCUUUGCCACGGGAAAUCCUUCAACCGUUGGGUUCAACAUUGACCAUUUCAUGCUCUCGGAAAAGGCGUCGAGAUGCUUCGUCUACUAUUCGAUGGUAUUUUAACGGCCGUGAAAUUGCAACAAAAAAGAGUAAACUAGUCGUGCAGGAGCUGUCGCAAGAAGACUAUGGUAUCUACCAGUGUGAGACAUCAAAUGACGCUGGAUCAAGUAUGAACACCAUAUGGGUGAAGGAGGGCAUGACUCCAGGUGGCGUUUCUGGAACAUGUAAGUUCUCGCGUUCAGAAGAUGAGCAGAUCGAGGAAGCUGUUUCUGAGACAGGUUUUGGUGCGCCAGUGAUCACUAUAUCACCGAAGGACGUAUCAUUUGUUGUUGGAUCAAAGACACUGAAAUUGCAAUGUACGGCCAUCGGUGUACCUACAACCGCGAUUACAUGGAGAUUCCACGAUGUUGACAUCACGUCUACUUCGGAGAAGUACGAUAUAACGGAGGAUGGGUUAGUCAUUCAUGAUUUGAAGAAGUCGGACAGCGGAAGGUACAGUUGCAUAGCGAAAAACAGCUUUGGAAUGACGAGUGCAACAGCAAGGGUGACAGCAACAGGAUCAAAUCUGAUUGAGUUCGGCCCAACAAAUCAGAGCGUGGUGAUUGGUACAAAUAUUGUGAUACCUUGCGAAGUUACCGCUGAUUAUGAGACCAAUGCCCACGUGAUGUGGUUCAUGAACGACGAACCAAUACCAGUGACAGGUAAUCCGAACCUACGUUUGAGUCGAAAAAAUAAUGGCGGCCUACUUAUACGGCAAGUCGGGCCUGAUAAUAUUGGAGAGUAUCGUUGUGUCGUGACAGCUGACGGAAAAGAAGAGAGCGCCUCUGCAUUCUUGCGAAUCAUUGAACGACCACAAAUGCCAACUUUCGUGCGUGCCGAAUUAAUUAACAGCACAAUACCAGCGAAAAUUCGUGUUUCUUGGGUUGAAGGUUUCGAUGGGAACUCUCCAAUCAUAAAGCACUCAGUGGAAAUGCGAACUCUUGGACCGACCCAGCUAUGGAGUGAUUGGGAGGUUGUGGUGGAUAACGUACCUAGUGAAGUUGGUGUUCUUUAUGCGUUAUACAAAAUUUAA